CGUCCCUCGCCCGCCGCGGACCCUCACGGCGCUGGCGCAGCGAUGGCGGAGGCGGUGGAGCGCACUGACGAGCUGGUCCGCGAGUACCUGCUCUUCCGCGGCUUCACGUAUACUCUGCGGCAGCUGGACGCCGAGAUCAAGGCGGAUAAGGAGAAAGGGUUCCGGGUGGACAAGAUUGUGGACCAGCUGCAGCAGUUAAUGCAGGUAUAUGACUUGGCUGCCCUGCGGGAUUACUGGAACUACCUGGAGCGCCGGCUCUUCAGCCGCUUGGAGGAUAUGUAUAGACCCACCAUCAACAAGCUGAAAACCAGCCUGUUCCGCUUUUAUCUCGUCUACACAAUCCAGACAAACAGAAAUGACAAGGCUCAGGAGUUCUUUGCAAAGCAAGCCACGGAGCUCCAGAACCAGGCCGAGUGGAAGGAUUGGUUUAUCCUGCCCUUCCUGCCAUCCCCAGACACCAACCCCACCUUUGCUACCUACUUUUCUCGACAGUGGGCCGACACCUUCAUUGUGUCCCUGCACAACUUCCUGAGUGUCCUCUUUCAGUGCAUGCCAGUCCCCGUGAUCCUGAACUUUGAUGCGGAAUGCCAGAGGACUAACCAGGUUCAAGAAGAAAAUGAAGUUCUGCGCCAGAAGCUUUUUGCAUUGCAAGCCGAAAUCCACCGACUAAAGAAAGAGGAGCAGCAGCCAGAGGAGGAAGAGGCCUUGGUCCAACACAAGUUGCCUCCUUAUGUCUCCAACAUGGACCGCCUGGGGGACUCAGAACUAGUCAUGGUGUGCAGCCAGAGGAGCACUUCCCUCUCCCAGUCACCUCGUGUGGGCUUCCUGUCCUCACUGCUGCCUCAGAGUAAGAAGAGUCCAUCAAGGCUGUCCCCUGCCCAGGGUCCCCCUCUGGCUCAGAGCACGGCCAAGAAAGAGUCCGUUAGCAGUCAGGUGUUUAUCGCUAUGAACUUCCCUCUUAGAACUGCUUUUGCUGCAGAUCACGGCAAGGAAAGGAAGGAGCUGUUAUCUCUGACUCUGCAGUGUGCAGAGAAGAAGGCCGAAGCUAGUGGCCCGGAGGUGGAGUCCUGCCCAGAGCUCCACGUGGAGGCGCUGGAGGCGCUGACGCGGGCUGCCGCAGGCCCUGAGGGUGGAGGGGUCCGGCCCGAGCAGCCGUUCCUUGUGCUGGGGCAGGAGGAGUACGGGGAGCACCACUCGUCCAUCAUGCACUGCAGAGUGGACUGCUCAGGGAGGAGGGUCGCCAGCCUGGACGUAGACGGGGUCAUCAAAGUGUGGUCCUUCAACCCCAUCAUGCAGACCAAAGCGUCCUCCAUUUCCAAGUCGCCGCUGCUCUCUUUGGAGUGGGCUACCAAGAGGGACAGGCUGCUCUUACUGGGCAGCGGUGUGGGGACAGUGCGCCUUUAUGACACAGAAGCCAAGAAGAACCUCUGCGAAAUCAACAUCAACGAUGACAUGCCCAGAAUCCUGUCUCUCGCGUGCAGCCCCAACGGGGCCUCUUUCGUCUGUUCGGCCGCAGCUCCGAGCCUCCCCUCCCAGGUGGACUUCUCGGCACCGGACAUCGGCAGCAAGGGCACGAAUCAAGUUCCUGGCAGGCUGCUGCUGUGGGACACGAAAACCAUGAAGCAGCAGCUCCAGUUCUCCCUGGAUCCAGAACCCAUUGCUAUCAACUGCACAGCUUUCAAUCACAAUGGGAACCUCCUGGUCACAGGGGCGGCCGACGGUGUUAUCCGGCUGUUCGACAUGCAGCAGCACGAGUGCGCCAUGAGCUGGAAGGCCCACUGCGGGGAGGUCUGCUCCGUGGAGUUCAGCUACGAUGAGAACGCCGUGUACAGCAUCGGCGAGGACGGGAAGUUCAUCCAGUGGAACAUCCACAAGAGCGGCCUGAAGGUGUCCGAGUUCGGCCUCCCUGCGGACGCCACAGGCCCCUUCGUGCUGUCCGGUUACAGCGGCUACAAGCAGGUUCAAGUUCCCCGGGGCCGGCUCUUCGCUUUUGACUCAGAGGGAAAUUACAUGCUGACGUGUUCCGCCACAGGGGGCGUCAUCUACAAGCUGGGUGGGGAUGAGAAGGUUCUGGAGAACUGCCUGAGCCUAGGUGGCCACCGAGCGCCUGUGGUCACUGUGGACUGGAGCACGGCCAUGGACUGCGGGACCUGUCUCACUGCCUCCAUGGAUGGCAAGAUCAAGCUGACCACCCUCUUGGCCCACAAAGUCUGAUGGGACCCGCCCUGAGGGACGGUCAGGGAGGAAGUGUUAUUCUGGGGGUCGGGGAAAGAUGAGACAGGAAGAUGCUCUACUUCCGGCUCCCUGCCAGUGCAGGGAAUCUUCAGGGAAAGGCAGUUUGGAGGCCCAGGGUGCUGUCCAGCUGCAGGGACUGGAACAGGUGCCACAUGGAGUAGUGGCACAAAUUCUCCAGAGACCAGCACGCUGGACUGUGCCAGAAGCACACUCCAGACGGCGGGAGGAAAGCUCAGGAAGCAGGAGAAGCAUUGCGGCGGCUGCUCUGUUGGCCCAGGAGAGAUUGACAGUAUUUUGUAUAUAUUUGCUCAGUUUUCUUUUUUCCUUUUUUUUAAAAGAAUGUUCUUGUGGUUACAUGGUGUCUCUUUCUGAAAUGUGUAUAUGCAGCAGUGUUUCCCUUCACCUUUUGCCCUGUGACGGUCAGCCCAGGUCCCCUUCCCCAGCUCUUACCUCCCCAGCCACGGGACUGAGUCUGAGCCUGACCAGAGGUUCGCUUGUUGCUUUGCCAUUGGAGGACAUCCUCUCUGUUCCUCUCCAUUGGCUAAGGUUUGUGUUGUUCCUGUUUCUUCAGGUUCAAGUCUAGGAGUCUGUAGUCUUCCUUCUCUUCCCUGAGAGUUGGGAGCUUCUUGGGAUGAGGGUAGAGUCUGAGGCUUCUCCUGGCCUCUCCAUCCUGUGGCUGUGGUUUCCUGGUACCCCUUCACUGUUCCUCCUCCCAGAUUUCAACUUCACAUUCUUGAGGCCGAAUGGAGGCCGCCACCAGCGCCUUCUGCUGGUCAAGGGCCAGAAGCCUGGAUCGAGUGCUGGGCUGGAACUUAGAGUUCAGGCCAUUCCCUCCGCGUCCACUGCCUGGCCCAGGCCACCCUCUGCUCCUUGCCUGACCUUGAAGAGUCAGAUGCUCUCAUGGGGUGAGCAGGAACGCUUGCCCUCCUCCCACCUGCAUUCGCAUCUGAGGCCGGGGGGCAGUCUCUGCCCAUAGGCCUCGUGGUGGGAGUUCAGGCCUGGGUCUCAGCCUCCCACCCUCGAUGGGGGCAGCCUUGUUGCCAAGCUGCUUGGAAUAGCCACCGUAGAGCCCCUUUGGGCUUUGGCCCAGUUCUGGGGUGCAGGUCUGGAGUGCUACCUACUUUUGGAAAAUCGUGAAGAAAUUGGUACUAUAGCUUUGGCUUCAUUCUGCUGGGAGUUGGGAGGAAAGAAGGGUGGUAUUUUUAUGGCUCAAUUAUGACAGAAAACACCAGACACUUAGUAAUAAGUAAGUUACUUACACGUUUUUACCCGUUUAUACUCUAGUAAUCCUCCAUUCAAAUAAAGAAAACCAAGACUUUUCCAUU